UUGCUGGAAAGGGACGGUGCGGGCGGGAGGUUUCCCCUUCAUAGGGCGACUUCACAACCUUCCGAGCACCUGGAGAGAGGGCAAAAGGCAGAAUUAACCCCUGCGAAAGGCAGGGGUUGGAGCCGUGUAAGCGUGAGGAGGGGCUGAGGUGCUUAAGCAGGUGGGUCAAACUGCAGCAAGUAUUUAGGAAGACCAAGGUGGCAGAGAGCAGAGACCCGUCUGUCGUCUCAUUGUUUGUUUGUUUAUUCCUCCUCCUCACGGCUUUCGCUCCCUCCUCCUCCCCCUUAAAUCUAGGGACCAUUCACGCCUCUUACAAAUGAGACUUGGGCGAUGCUGAGAGAAGAGAGUGUUGCAUGGCGUGUGCGUGUGUGCAUGCAGGCGCGGGGGUAAGAUCCUCGAUUCUCAGCAUUUGCCUAUGAUCAGAAGAAAACAGGAUGUGCCCAUAGCUGGAGGAGUGACAAUGCGAGCCGAGCGGGGCUCACCUGCUGGUGAUCUUUGCAGAGGCAUUUGAGGAUUAUUCAGCUCAAGACGGUCUGUGUGAGGAAUGCUAUCUCUGCCGUGCUGAAAAAAGGAGGUGCCUACCCCUACCGGUCUUGAUUGCUGCCACUGAAAGGACUGUUUUGCCGCCACUGGAGGAAGAAGAGAUUGCUGCCACCCACAAGGUUAUGAGGAUUAUGAUCACAUUUACAGCUCUGCAUCGCUAUCUACUUGGAGAUGAUGGUGACACCUUAGAGAAAACGUGCAAACUCCUGAUUAACCAGCAUUCUACUCUGUUUAUCCAAAAAAAUUGAUAACUGCUUUUGACCAACUCAAUUUUGUUCAACCAUGUUGUCUCUACCAGCCUAAACCAUUUCCUAAAAUGGUCCUUUUGCUGUUCCUUGCAAUCCUAUUAUUGAAGGAAGAUGUCUGUGGGAACUUCAGGCUUUUGGUUUCUGCACAGGCCAAUGAAAGAAGGGUGGUUGCACACAUGCCAGGUGAUAUUAUCAUUGGAGCUCUGUUUUCUGUCCACCACCAACCAACAGUUGACAAAGUUCAUGAGAGGAAAUGUGGAGAGGUAAGAGAGCAGUAUGGCAUUCAGAGAGUGGAGGCAAUGCUACAUACCCUUGACAGAAUUAAUUUGGACCCAACACUGUUGCCAAAUAUAACACUAGGAUGUGAAAUAAGGGACUCUUGCUGGCAUUCUGCUGUGGCUCUGGAGCAAAGCAUUGAGUUUAUAAGGGACUCUCUUAUUUCAUCAGAAGAAGAGGAAGGGAUGGUGCGAUGUGUAGAUGGAUCUUCAUCAUCUUUCCACUCCAAGAAACCCAUUGUUGGUGUCAUUGGCCCUGGCUCUAGCUCAGUUGCUAUCCAGGUCCAGAACUUAUUGCAGCUUUUCAAUAUACCUCAGAUUGCUUAUUCUGCCACAAGCAUGGACCUAAGCGACAAAACUCUGUUCAAGUAUUUUAUGAGAGUUGUACCAUCUGAUGCACAGCAAGCACGGGCUAUGGUGGACAUUGUCAAGCGCUAUAACUGGACCUAUGUUUCAGCUGUACACACUGAAGGAAACUAUGGUGAAAGUGGAAUGGAAGCAUUCAAAGAUAUGGCGGCCAAGGAAGGGAUCUGCAUUGCACAUUCCUACAAGAUCUAUAGCAAUGCUGGUGAGCAGAGCUUUGACAAGUUACUGCGGAAGCUUCGGAGCCACCUGCCCAAGGCAAGAGUGGUUGCCUGUUUCUGUGAAGGCAUGACUGUGAGAGGGCUCUUAAUGGCUAUGAGGCGCCUGGGACUUGCUGGAGAAUUUUUGCUACUGGGAAGUGAUGGCUGGGCAGACAGGUACGAUGUGACAGACGGGUAUCAGCGUGAAGCUGUUGGUGGAAUAACAAUCAAGCUCCAGUCUCCUGAUGUUAAAUGGUUUGAUGAUUACUACUUGGAGCUUCGGCCAGAAACCAAUCACCGAAAUCCAUGGUUUCAGGAAUUUUGGCAGCACAGGUUCCAGUGCCGUCUGGAAGGGUUUCCUCAAGAGAAUCCUAAAUACAACAAGACUUGCACAAGCCAGAUGACACUGAGGACGCAGCACGUUCAGGACUCCAAGAUGGGCUUUGUAAUCAACGCGAUAUACUCAAUGGCUUAUGGCCUCCACAACAUGCAGCUGUCGCUGUGUCCAGGCUACGUGGGCCUUUGUGAUGCCAUGAAGCCCAUAGAUGGACGAAAGCUGCUGGAGUCCCUCAUGAAGACCAACUUUACUGGAGUCUCUGGGGACAUGAUCUUGUUUGAUGAGAAUGGUGACUCGCCAGGAAGAUACGAAAUCAUGAAUUUUAAGAAAAUGGGGAAGGACUACUUUGACUAUAUCAAUGUUGGCAGCUGGGACAACGGUGAGCUGAAAAUGGAUGAUGAUGAAAUAUGGUCAGAAAAAAAUAAUAUCAUCAGAUCUGUCUGCAGUGAGCCCUGUGAAAAAGGACAGAUAAAGGUGAUUCGUAAAGGAGAAGUGAGUUGCUGCUGGACAUGCACUCCUUGUAAAGAGAAUGAAUAUGUCUUUGAUGAAUACACGUGCAAGGCCUGCCAGCUCGGCUCCUGGCCCAAUGAUGAGCUUACAGGUUGUGACCUCAUCCCAGUCCAGUAUCUCAGAUGGGGUGAUCCUGAACCAAUUGCAGCAGUUGUUUUUGCGUGCCUGGGUCUGCUGGCAACCUUGUUUGUUACAGCUAUAUUCAUAAUGUAUCGUGAUACUCCAGUGGUCAAAUCUUCCAGCCGAGAACUUUGUUACAUCAUUCUAGCUGGCAUCUGCUUGGGUUACUUGUGCACUUUCUGUCUCAUCGCAAAACCUCAACAGAUUUACUGCUAUCUUCAACGAAUUGGCAUCGGUCUCUCCCCAGCUAUGAGUUAUUCUGCUUUAGUAACUAAAACCAACCGCAUUGCAAGAAUCCUGGCUGGCAGCAAGAAGAAAAUUUGUACAAAGAAACCUAGAUUCAUGAGUGCCUGUGCCCAACUUGUUAUUGCAUUUAUCUUGAUAUGUAUACAAUUAGGCAUAAUUGUUGCCCUCUUUAUAAUGGAGCCACCUGAUAUAAUGCAUGAUUACCCAAGCAUCCGAGAGGUCUACUUGAUUUGUAACACCACCAACUUGGGUGUUGUAACCCCCCUUGGAUACAAUGGAUUAUUAAUUUUGAGUUGCACCUUUUAUGCAUUUAAGACAAGAAAUGUCCCAGCUAAUUUCAAUGAAGCAAAGUAUAUUGCCUUUACAAUGUAUACCACCUGCAUCAUUUGGCUGGCUUUUGUGCCAAUAUAUUUUGGAAGCAACUACAAGAUAAUCACCAUGUGUUUCUCAGUGAGUCUGAGUGCCACGGUGGCCCUUGGUUGUAUGUUUGUGCCCAAGGUCUACAUCAUCCUUGCUAAGCCUGAAAGGAAUGUACGCAGCGCAUUCACCACAUCGACUGUGGUCCGCAUGCACGUAGGGGAUGGGAAGUCAUCUUCGGCUGCAAGCCGCUCAAGCAGCCUGGUGAACCUGUGGAAAAGAAGGGGAUCAUCUGGUGAAACACUUAGGUACAAAGGCAGGAGACUGGCCCCGCACAAGUCGGAAAUAGAGUGUUUCACCCCAAAAGGGAGUAUGGGGAAUGGUGGGAGAGCUACAAUGACCAGCUCUAAUGGGAAAUCAGUUUCCUGGGCCCAGAACGAGAAAAGCAGCAGAGGGGCGCACCUUUGGCAGCGGUUGUCAAUCCACAUCAACAAAAAAGAAAACCCCAAUCAAACUGCAGUGAUCAAGCCUUUUUCUAAAAGCACAGAUAGUAGCCGACAUAGUAGCAGCGCUACAUUUCCUGAGACCAGUGCCAAAACGCUUUACGACGUUUCAGAAGCAGAAGAGCAAUACCCAGCUCAGUACCGACCGCAGACUCCCUCGCCUAUCAGCACCGUGAGCCACAGAACUGCCUCCGUUAGCCGAACAGAAGAUGAUGCCCCUACCUUCCAGUCCGAGCCUCCGCAGCGAAGUAGCUCCUCGCAAGGCUCCCUCAUGGAGCAGAUCAGUAGCGUGGUUACUCGUUUUACAGCCAACAUCAGCGAGCUGAACUCUAUGAUGCUUUCAACAGCCACUCCAGGGACAAUGGUGGCCACUCCUCUCUGCUCUUCAUACCUGAUCCCACGAGAAAUCCAGCUCCCCACAACAAUGACCACGUUUGCAGAAAUCCAGCCACUUCCUUCCAUUGAAGUCAAUGGCGCUUCCCAGUCAGCUAGGAAACAAUCAAAUGGCAGCGUCAAAGAAGGCACUGCAGAGACCCCAUCAGCAAAGCAAGACCUUGAGGAGCUGGUAGCUUUAACUCCUCCUUCUCCUUUUAGAGACUCCAUCGACUCUGGAAGUGCAUCUCCCAGCUCUCCGGUUUCCGAAUCAGCUCUCUGUAUCCCAUCUUCCCCAAAGUAUGACACACUCCUCAUCAGAGAUUACACUCAAAGUUCUUCUUCGCUGUGAAUGUAGUUCAAGACAACUUUGGAUCUCGAUGACUACAAGCAAGUAGUGGGGGGACAGCCAAGACUUCAAGAUCUCCAGUGUUUACGCAGAUAGAGUGAGGGGCAUUGGGUCAUCUUGUGAGAAACAGAGGAAGAAGUGGAGUUGCUUGAUCAGUGGAAACAUCAGAUUAAUGAUGAUGUUCUAAAAUGACUCUUGGCAGAUUAUCGUGGCCUUAAAAAAACAUGGGCUUUUCAAAAACACUGAAUCUAUUUUUGAGGGCUUAUAAGGAGUCUGUUAAAUCAGUUACAUACCAAGUGCUUUGCUUUAGUAUUACAACGAACUGUGUGUACAAUAUGUGAAUGGGGGGGGAACAAGAUUGUAAACAACUGUACAGUGGUUUGUUUGUUUACUCUGAUUCCUUACCCAGAAGUGAACCUUGAUCUUUUAUCAAGAAUAGAAGACCAAACAUUGAAUGUACAUUUUCUAAGAGACUCAAAUCUAGGACCAACCUAUCAAGUUUUCUUUUUUUUUCUAUGAAGAUCUCAAAAAGCAGCAAUGUAUGUUCAAUAACUAUCAAACUUUUUGCUGAAGCGUAUUGUGUCUGUGAUACGUUACACAUGGAUAACACUAAGCUGAGGCUUUGCAGUGAGUGACUGCGAUACGGAGGGCUUUACAAGUGACUUCUCAACCUACACAUUUGUUUAUGAAAUUCUCUUCUACCAGUAUAUAAAAAAAAUCAAUUUGUUAACAUUGGAUUCACCUUCACAGCAACAAAACCCAAGGAAGAUUUCCUGACUAUUUCACCAUGAUGCCAACUAAUAAUGAAGUAGCAAAAAAAUAUUUUCUGGAGUACUGUUUUGUAAUUCCCUUAUCAGGGCAAGUUGUUGAGGUGAAUAUUCUCUUUCUAGCAGCACUACCAAGCUAUAUCAUAGCUGCAUUCCCUACUGAAAUUAACACAUUUUUAUGGGUGUUCUUAUGCUAACAUUGCCAGUUAUAACACUUAUUCGGGCUCCCUUAGUCUUUGCUCGCAAGGAACAGGUAAACACUGUAAGGAUUUUCUCCAUGUUUUUGAAUGACAGUAUUCUAAGUGAUCAAUCUGUAUUAUGAUGAAUGCUAACUGUCAAUGGAAAGGUUGUCAUAAUCAUAAUUUCUAUGUAGAGAAAAAAACUGUAAAAAUCUGCUUAGAGGUGGUUUAGCUACUCUUUAAUAAGCAACAAUUUUAACUUUAUUUAGCUGCCGAUGCCUUGCAGCUAUGAACUGUGACAAAGAAAAAAAAAAGACUUUCAAAGCAAUACAGAGUAAAGGUUAAAGCAGAGAAGGCCUAAUGAGAUAUGAGCGAACAGUGUUUCUUAGCAACUCACAGAAGAGCAAGGGGAUUACUGGUAUUUUUUCCUAUAUCAAGGUAAUACAGUUUAGUGCACUUCAUACUGUCAUGGCACUUUUGAAUAAAGGCAAGGAAGGGAUUUACAGUUUGAAUAGAAGUUAAAUAAUUUUUUAAUAGGUGUAGUUACGUAGAGCACAUAAGUCAGGCCCUAAACGCACACUGUGUUGGCUCUCUCCUUUGUGACAGCUGUCCUUGGGUGCCAAACUUUUAUUGGUUUGUUUUAUUUUAUUUAAGGAUAGUAUGAAGUGACGAGUGAUGUACUUCAGUUCGAAGUUGAGUUGAUACAGCCUUAUAAGAAGACAGCUUAAUGGAAGAGUCUUAAAAACAGGCUUCUGUGCUUGAUUUUCAAAAAGCUUAGAUUUUAUUUCUUCAAAAAUAAUUAAUAUUUUGUAAUAAAAAUCCAUACCCCUUUUCUCUCCUCCAUGCCCCAAAUAACAAACAUUUUAUUUUAGAAAAGAAAGCAUACUGCGUGAUUCACGUACUUUAGCAAAGAGCAUUUUUUGUUCCCUUUAUUAAUUUCACCAUUAUGCUGCACUGCAAUUUGCUUUUAAACAGCAUUAAAAAAAGAGUGUAGAUGAGCAAAACCAGGCUCACAACUCGCAGAGAUGCCCUAAGAACCCUGUACACCCUUGUGCAAGUUGGUGUUAUCCAAUAUCAAGUGUAUGGGCAUGUUUAUUUUACCAGUUACAGUCACUUACUAGCUGUGCCUGUAGCAUGAUCAGGCAGGUCACAACUCAGCUCUAUUCCAGGAGAUACACCAAGCUAUGAUUGUAGGUCCUUCUUUCUUACAUAUAGUUCUUGCCUACUCUCAAAACUGGUUAGCACAGACUCAGUUCUAUGAAGCAGUAAGGUUUCCAGACAGGAGCUUGCUGUUACCUUCCUGGUUCAUAGUACUAGCAUGUCUCAUCCUUUACUAGAUGCACAUGUCUUCAGGAGAAAGCAUCUUCUUUCACAGGCUACAAUCCACAUUUCAGGAAAGGGCAUGUCCAAUCAGCCUAUGGCACAAGUAUUCUUACUCAGCGAGUUUAGACCACUUAAAUAUUGUUCUUGGAAGAUUUAUAUAAUAAUGUAUGUUUCCCAUUGGUGCAAUAUUGUUUUGAUAUGUGUGGAGUGUGAUGAGACAAAUGUGAAUGUCAAAGGGAUUCUAUUACUAUACAUUCUCUUAUACUUUAAGCUAUUGACCAACAUCAUUAUUAGAUCCUCCUCUAACAUGAACUUUCUUCAGCAUUACAGGUACUCAUUUCUGUACUCUUAUGUUGGUUGAUGCAUAUUAAUGUACACCUGCUAAAAUCUGUGAGCUUCAUUGCACUGUGAAAUAAUGAACAGUAGAAAUAUCUUAAAAUGAGUAGAAAGGAAUGAGAAACUGUCAAAGCAUGACUCAGCAUAAACAUACCUCAUCUACUCCCAAAUUGCAGUUCUGCACAAUGCUGACCACAGCUAUUGCUCAGAUUCUUGAAGACUUUUGUCUAUAUUGCCAAGAUGAUAUAUUCAUGCACUUGUGUGUGCAAACACACAUACACAAAACACUUAAUUUAACAUCUGUUUUUGGAGGCUAAAACUACAAUGUUAAACUAUCCAACACUUGCUUAUUUUCACUUUGGAAGGAGUCAUGCAUCCUCUGUGUGCAUCAUCCAGAACAAAACUUUUAAUGGCAAAAAGAACCCAGGACGAGACCUGCUGCAAUAGUACCUCUCAGUUAUCAGCCUAUCUUCAGCAGAAGUUAGGUCAGCAUUAGCAAGAUAUAAAGAAGGCAGAAUAUAUUUUAAUUGUACAGGCUGGAAUGUGACAACAUUACGUUACAAGGUUUUUGGGUGACAGAGAGAACUCUUCUGUAAUGACCAUAGUAGUAAUAAGCCUCAUGGGGGAUUUGCCAGACUGGAAAGUCCUGUAAAAGAAACCAGAGGGCUUGAUACGAGAAAGAAGAAUGUUAUGGGAUAUUAUAAUUUCAUUAAGCUGUUUAUAUGCUAUUCUCCUUUACAGACAUUAAGAUAUAACUGCAGUUUUUCAGCCAUAAGAGCAAAGGUUACCAUUGCAAACACUUUCCAGUACCAAAUGUCUUGAAAUUGUAUAUAAUGGUUUAGUUCUGCCAGAAAGGAUAUCAAGAGGUUGCAUCCAUUGUCAUUCUUGACCACAGGGAUCUCAGGAGAUCUUGUUUCUUUUGUGCUUGAGGCUAACCCUGAAGAUUAAAGGUGUAAGCAUUUUUGGAAGCUAUGCUUUCGAAAUAAAGUGAAUCACUCUGGCAGGCUCAUUGUGAAGAAGUGCUAGCAAUACUGUAAAAGAACAAUAUUUUUCAAUUAGCUCUGAAGAAUGAUUACAUUAAUUUGGAUAUGUGCUUCCUUGUACUUCUCUCUGAACAUUUGGUGCCUAAAUCAAUACAAAUACUUCAGACUAGAGAUUCUUAGAUCAUGGUCUAAAAAGCACUUCUUGAUGUUUCAUGGGAGUCUGGUUGGUCACAAAAUGCUGUUUUCUUCUUUUGAUUCUCAGCUACGAAACUAAACUAAAAGUUAACUGGUCAUUAAAAAAUAUGUGUUAAAACUUUUAAAAUAAAAAAUAAAUAGCUUGUUUGGAUUUUAUUCAGUUUCUGCAUUUGGAAAAGGAAAAAUUUGUGAUUAAAAAAAAAAAGUGGGAGAAUCUCCAGAAAGACUUAAUAGAAAGGACAGUCCACGAUUGAGAUUCUGGAUAGCAGUGGAGUUCACUUGGAAAUGUAUUAUUUAGAGAGCCAAAAAAACAGAAAAAAGCCAGAAAAACAGCAUAAUUGUGAGUGUAAAUUCUGUAGAAGAAAGUGUACAGCUUUGCUGCUCUAUUUAAUAAAUCAUUCCUGAGUUGAGAUAAGAAAAACAUGAAAGGGAUAGACAGAAAAUGUUGGGUUCAAAGUCAGAGCUGACCCAGAACAGAACUUUGGUGUCUAAAGUCAGGAUUUCUGAAGAAUUUAAUACCUCCUUUCAAAAGGAACUCAGUUCACUCAGGCAACCAACACUGUGUCUCUGCAGAUGAUCAGAGUUGCCCUCAUCUUGACACAUCAAAAUAUCUUAGCGUAUAACUCAACUGGAAAUCCAGAAAACAGUGGUUCCUAAAUUUGAAUCCCUGUAUAUGCCAUAAGUAUACAGAACUUACAGCAUGUAUGUCAAGAGGAUCACACUCUCUAUAGAGGAGAAAUAAUCUUUUGUUUUGAGGCUGUCAGUGCUGUUACACUGCUGUUUUUACAGUAGCCUUGAUGUUAGAGCACUUGAGCAGAAGGUCCAAACUUCAGACCGUUCCACUGCCAGGUGGGAUUGAAAUCUUCCUACUAGCAGGAAAGUGCUGUAAUGACUGUGUACUGGAGCACCUUCAUCUCACUAUGGUAACUUUAGGUUCAAGAAUAACAUUCAGGAAUCUCAAGGUGCAAAAGGAAGUGUUACUCUUCACCUGUAUGAGAUAUUUGAUAUAGUUGAGAUGACAAUUUAAAAUUAAAUAGUUUUAAUAUCCUGUAAGCAGGAAUUGGGUGACUAUUUCAGCUACAAAGAAGUGGAGCCAACAUUUCUUCUGAGCUAUAUAUUGGCUCAAAAAAUCCUUAAAUACUUCACUGGAAAGUGCUUUAGUGAUAGGAAGGGAGGAUAUGCCCUUCCUUACCUCUGCGUCUGCAACCAUCUUGUCUUCCGCCCGAAGUUCUGAGCUCCUCCAUGCAAAGGGAGAUUCUGAAUCUUCCUCAACAAGUGAAGGAAUUAAGCUUGGUUUUUCUGCUUCUUCCCUGAAAUUGCUGGAGGGGAAAAAAAAAAAAAAAGAAAGAAAAAAAAAAAAGAAGAAGAAGAAAAAAAAGGAACUCAUUUGGUUUUCCUCCAGCCACCUUUUACAAGGGCAACCCACUUUUGAAACAAAAUGCAGAAAUGCAUUUCCCUACUGGCUUGAAACUAAUUUCAGACAUCCAUUCCCUUGUCACAUUGUUUUCCUGAGUGCCAAGCUCUUCUUACCAAUUUCACAAUAAGCUUAGACUUGAACAAAGAGCCAGAGCCAGAUACUAUACAAAAAAUCAGGUAUCAUACUGUGUAACUUUAAGUGCAGAAGUCAUUUGCUGGCACUUGCCCUUAACCUACUGAGGUCAGUGGAAUCACUCCAGAUUUAUACCAGAAAAUAUAAGCUUGACAGUGGCCAACCAUGUCUAGAUCUUGGCUGUUUGCUUCAGCAUAGAAUGAUAAAGACAGAUUUUUCUCCCCAUUUCCUUCAGCAGAUGUAUUUUGUUAGGCUAAUUCCUGAAGCAGCUUGCUAAGCUUGGCGAAUGGUACCUUCCCAACCGUUCCUCUUUAUCAGUACUACUGUAGCAGGUAUCCCAGAAGGAGAACUGCUCUUUGACUAAAUCUCUUAAGGGAUGUGAGAUAACAUGCCCCCCCAAAAAAGAAACAGAUCACAAAUAUUUAUAAGGUUUCAUGCAUCUCAUCAACUAAGUCAAUACUCUCCAUGAUCCAGAAAAUCACUCAUUUCAGCGUGCACUGCAAUUAUUAAAUACUUCAGCUGAAUUAUCUAAAUUCACAUUUUUUGCUAUAGUUUGUUUUUAUAACCUCUGUUCAAAUCUCUGCAAUGCCACUUACAAAUUUAUACUGUGAACAGAAAAAAAGAUACAGCCCGGUGAAGCAUAAAGGUAAGUAAAAAGUUCAUCAA